AUGGACGGCCAGCGACAGCAGCCGUAUAUGCCAGGACCGCCCCUUUCGGCGUCCCAGCCAUCUCAGGCUCAUAUUAUGCCAUUACCACCUCCGCCCCCUCGAUACACUCCAGCACAGCCCCAGAAUGUAGUGCCUCCGCCGCCGCCUGGACCUCCUCCCGGGGCGCCAUACGGUCCUUCGAAGCUCACUAAUCCCCAGCUUCAAUCACAAAAUAAUAUGGGAUGGCCGAGUUGGUCUGGGCGUGGAGUACACCAAUAUCUUCCACCACCUCCGCCCCCCCCAAUGACCCAUGCGAACCAGUCGUCCUUUACUCGCCAACCUACCAUGCAAAAUCACAGCGCUACCUCCGCCACUUACGUCCCAUCAGCUGGAACAUUCGGUCCCGGCGUCGGGAUUCCACCGUUCGAUGUACCAACGUUCCCACCGUAUGAUCCUCCCGGUACUAUGAUUCCGGGCGACAGACCACGACCUCCGCUUAAACAAUCAUAUGGACAUGGCGUGCAUAACAUCCCUAACUAUCCGGAAGGAACUAUUCCAUCUACCCCCUCGUCCCACAACCCUCCCUCACAAGACUCCCCUCAACCAAAUCUUCAAACCACGAGCCAAGGGAAUGAAUUGGCCAAAUCCUCUAGCCACCGACAUAAUAACAGUAAUACUACUGUUGGUGGCAUGUCAGCCAGUGAAGCGGCAGUGCAAUGGCCAUUGGAUCGGGUGUUGAUAUGGCUUGCGAAGAAUGGCUUUUCCAAUGAGUGGCAAGAAACAUUCAAGACUCUAGAACUCGAAGGAGCCGAGUUUCUGGAGUUGGGUCAUGGGCAAAAUGGUCGACCACCGAACCUCGGAAAAUUGCACAAUGUUGUUUAUCCUCAACUCCAAAAAGAAUGCGAAGCUAGUGGCAUAAUCUGGGACCUUGGCCGUGAAAGGGAUCAAGGAGUGCGCUUGCGGAGAUUGAUUCGUCAUAUUCAUGGCGAUGAAGAUGGACAAGGUAGUGCUCCGGAUGAAGGUGCUGAGUUUUCGCCUAAUUUCCCAAGUGCCACACAGGUGCCUGUCUCUCCGAGCAUCCACUCAGCGACUAUUUCCAAUAGUCCGAACCUCAAAGCGUCGAGAAACCCUUAUACCAAGCAGCGAAAUUUCACGACUCCUGGUUCUAUUAGUCAGGAUAGUGCUUCAGCAGAAAUUGCCAUGACCGAGGGUAGCCCGAUGAUGCACAGGGCAGAGCUAUCUCGCCUGAACAAUGUCGGGUCCGAUCAUCAGAGGAAAAGUCCCUCCAUGUCCAGUGAUAACGGCUUAUUCGCAAUUCCACCUCAACGGCCCCACGAAAACAGCCCUAAAAGUGGAAGCCCGGCUACACAGCAUGCUGCGCUAUAUUCAUUAAAUGCACCUUCCAUGGGCGACGUAAGCUCGAAACAUACGCGAGCCCCUAGUGGAGAGCGUCGGUACUAUGAAACUUUUAAGCCCGAUGGUUCACGCCCUUCGCCGCAGGAGUAUUCCAAUCGUCAGAUAGGUGGCCACAAUAAUCCUUCUUAUUCAAAGGAUCAUCGCAUGGGGAUCUUUAACUUUUGGAGGAAACCAAAAUCCAAUGACCCCAAUAACCCAUCCCCCGACGAUGCGAUCCCUGGUUCUCCCAUCUACUCUAAAUACCACAAUAAUAGCAGCGAUGUGUCCGUAAAUGAACGUCCUGUAUCUGCGACUUUAUCCGACUAUGAGAAGUCGGCGAUGCGAUCAAAACUGGCACAUAAAGGGAGAAGGUUUAUAUUCGCAACAUCAGACGGUGUGAAUUACCGACUGAUUGAGACCACCGAUAUUGACUCUGUUGAGACGCUCCGCGCUUGUAUUUGCCAAAAUCUCGGAAUCACGGACUGGCCUGAUGCGCAGAUAUUCCUGACUGAACCUGGACAAUCAGAACAUGAUGAACCUUUGAACGACUCCUUCUUAGUUUACAGCCAACGUACAAAAUCGGAUCCAUUUGGCUCUUUGAAGUUGUUUGUGAAAGGCUCUCACCUUCGUCCUGGACUGAAUGCCUCCUCUAACGGUCCGGGUCUUGGGGUUUCUAUCCCGGAAAAACCUGCUGCAUCACCAACGUCCGCCGUACCUCGGAAACCGCUGGACGGUGAAGCACUUAGCAGGAUCUCACCACUUAAACCCUUCUCCCAGCAGCAGCAAAAUGCAUUGGUCGGUAAACUACCUCUCCGAGACAAUCCACAAUCGAACAAUGGAGUUUCUCCAGUUGGGGAGGACACAGAUGGGACACUUCAAGAAGAUUAUAAGCGGGAGCAGGAACGGAAGCAGAAGCACUACGGUACCCCGCCUGCGCCUCUGCCCUUGGCGAGGCCAGACGCUUAUAAUAGCGAGACUGGGUAUCGUCGUAAGGGUGUCAUCAACUUUGACAAGCCACGUGUAUCACCCUACGAAGACAAGAAGUCUGAUGGUCUCACACCGUUCCGGAAACCGCCUUCCGCACCGCAGGAGUCAAAUACACUCAGCAAGGUAAAUUCGCUGAGGAAGAGGGAUAAUGAACGCCCGCGCGCCCAGCGAUCCAACCAACCACCUGGCAUUAAAGAGAUGAUGAAAGAUAUGGGAAUGAUGACCGGUGCCGUCGGUAACCCUCUACCGUCGCCCAAUUCGGUGAACUCUAGUACUCCAGAUGGCCCCCAUAGUGCCUCUGAUUCAACAACUGAUCAGGGUAACCAGGGGACGUCACCACUUACAAACGCUAGUUCCUCACCUACCAAUACCCUGGCUUCCUCUGGAUUAUCCAGGUCAGUAAGUCAGAACAGGAAAUCUGUCGGACCGGAAUUCGACUUUGAAGAGACGGAAGUAUCCUUCCAACGCUCGCCCGCCCAGGACGAUGAUUCCGAUAAUGAUUCGGAUGAUGGUCUAUUUGCGAUUCCACUGGCAAACACUAAGACCCCUGUCAAAGACGAGGGAGUGGUACCUGGGCCUCCAGGCGAUCAUCAAAGACCACGAAAACCAUCUCUUACCGUCAAUACUGAAACCAAGUCUCGAGCAGGAUUGUCCGUCAGUUUCAAAUCCCCCAGUGCUACUCGCGAGACCUUCGCAAAUACAAGUGGUGAUCCAAGCAGCUCGGCCACGCCCUUCCAUAAUAUGACUUCCUCUCCAGAGGAAGAAAAGGUGCCAUUCAGAAGGGAUUCGUUCGCACGAGACGAUGUUUGGGCCAGCCGUCCACCCGUCGAAGGCGUCAUCAAUAACCUAGACGACUUCUUCCCUUAUAUUGAUCUAGAUGCGCCCUACCUUGAUGGGCAGGGGACAUCACCGCCUUCCUCUCCCGCAAACAGAGUUGCAGCCGACAACGAAAUCAACCGUAGAGAUAAACACGAAGGCGCCUAUUACGGGACACAACCUCCUUCCAACCCGGCUGACACUGUGCUGGGUUCUGCUGAACCAACGAUGAAACCACAGGAUCAUGGUUUUGUUGCGCGACGGAAUAUUAACCGAUCUGGUGGUGGUGGUGGCGGCGGCGGCGGUGGCCUCACUCGAAUGAAAUCCAUCCGAGAGGUUGCUAAAGGCGCUAAUCAAACAACUAGACAACGAAGUGUUGCAGCUUCUAGCGGGAACAGAAGAACUGGAGAUGUACACCGUCGCAAGAGCACCAAAAUGUUCGGAGCCAAGAUCAUGCAGAUCAGCCCGAAACCUGGCAGUCGACUCAGCCAGCUUGACCCGAUUCCCCAGAAUAGCGUGACGUCGAGUUCGAAACCACAGAGACAGCCUACUUUCCGCAUCAUUCGCGGUCAGCUCAUUGGUAAAGGUACAUAUGGUAGAGUUUAUCUAGGCAUGAACGCCGACAAUGGUGAAGUUUUGGCCGUCAAGCAAGUGGAGAUCAACCCGAGAGUGGCAGGGCAAGAUAAAGAUCGGAUAAAGGAGAUGGUCUCUGCCUUGGACCAGGAGAUUGAUACGAUGCAGCACCUUGAGCACCCUAACAUCGUGCAGUAUCUUGGAUGUGAGCGCGGGGAGCUGUCGAUUUCCAUCUAUCUUGAAUAUAUUUCUGGUGGUUCCAUCGGCAGUUGUCUCCGGAAGCACGGCAAAUUUGAGGAGAGCGUGGUCAAGUCUCUUACACGCCAAUGUUUGGAAGGGCUAUCCUACCUUCACAAUUCAGGAAUCCUCCAUCGCGAUCUCAAGGCAGAUAACAUCCUCCUAGACCUCGACGGAUCGUGUAAGAUUUCCGACUUUGGAAUAUCCAAGAAGUCAAACAACAUCUACGGAAACGAUUCCUCGAAUUCAAUGCAAGGUUCAGUAUUCUGGAUGGCGCCCGAAGUCAUCCAAUCGCAGGGUCAAGGCUAUAGUGCAAAGGUUGAUAUCUGGUCCCUCGGCUGCGUGGUGCUCGAGAUGUUCGCUGGUCGCCGACCUUGGAGCAAGGAGGAAGCCAUCGGCGCCAUUUACAAACUUGGCAGCCUCAGUCAAGCGCCUCCAAUCCCAGACGACGUGUCAAUGAACGUUAGUCCGGCUGCGCUCGCUUUCAUGUGGGACUGCUUCACGGUGUAUGUGACAAUCACCUAUUUUCUUUUCUGA